AUGACAAACAACGUGAAACCAAAUCAAAUGGUGGAACUUACUGCUUUGCAUGGAUCUAGACUAACAGAUUCUAAGGAGAACAAAGAGGAAAUUAUCCAGUUUUAUCAAGGACUGAUGGGCACAGAUUCAACACUGCUACCUACUGUAAACAAAGACAUUACGAUAAAUGAGACUGUUUUGAUUCAUGAACACUACUUAGUCUCUGUGCACCUAUUACUGAAGCUGAGAUUUAUGAUGGUUUGGACAGUAAUCAAGAAGGACAUAGUGGGUGCUGCUCAAGAUUUCUUUGAAACUGGACGGUUAUACAGGGCAGUUAACUGUACAACCAUUACUCUAGUACCAAAGAUUCCUAACCCCCAAAAUGUGAAAGAAUUUAGACAUAUUGCUUGUUGCACAAUCAUGUAUAAAAUUACCUCUAAGGUGUUGGAUGCGAGAAUGCAAAAAGUAAUUCCUGCUAUUAUUAAUGAGGCACAGGCAGGCUUUGUCCCUGGUAGGAGGAUAGCUGACAACAUCAUCAUGGCGCAUGAGCUUGUCAAAGCUUAUAGCAGAAAACACAUAUCCCCGAGAUGCAUGAUCAAGAUUGUUAUAAAAAAGGCUUAUGAUUCAGUUGAAUGGGUAUACCUAAAACAAAUAUUGGAGGAACUCAGAUUUCUUGAGAAAUUUGUUACUUGGAUUAUAGAGUAUGUUCAAACAAUGAACUACUCUAUUAUCAUCAACAGGGAACCUACUCCUCCAUUUAAUGUAGCUAAAGGUUCACCUUAUUUGUUUGUCAUUGCUAUGGAGUAUCUCAACAGAACUUUGAGUGGUCUUUCUCAACUUAAAACAUUCAAAUUCCACCCCAGAUGUUGA